AUGUAGAAACUACUAAUAACCUUACUUUUUUUCGCCCUUUUUAUUUCAUAGUCUGUAGCUCAAAACGAGUGUCUGGACAACUGCAAUAUUUCUCAUUACAACUGCAUAGGUCAAUAAGAAAAUUUAAUGGACUUCAAACAAAGAAAGUAAUGCGAAGGUGAGAGAAGUAUCUGUUUUAAAUAAUGCAAAGCUCAGAAUCCUAUUUUGAGUGUUUUAAAUGAGUUCAAAGAUAAUUUUAUUGUGACAAAAAGCAGUGAUGAUGACAAUGUCUAAUAAUGCUAAGAUAACUGUAAAAGAAAUAUGUUCAAGUGCUAAAUAUCAUGCAAAAACCAAGGUGCUAAAUGUAAUUUAGAUUGUGAAAUGACUUAUAGAAGCUGCUUAUCAUUAACUUGCCAAUAAUAAUGA